ACCAGAUGUUGGCGACUAUACACACAAUACACUGACUCACUGACGAGGUCUGCUGACAACUUUUUAACAGUUUUAUGCUGCCCUGCCCAGGGUUGUAGUGUCCAAGUGUCCUGUGAAGUUCUGACCACCGUCCAGGUGUGUUCAGGUGUGUGUACAGGUGUGUCAGAACACAGGUGUGUCAAAGUAUGUGAUCGGCGGAGGGGACAAGACGUGGAGGGUGAAAGGAGAGUUCGAGAAGAUGGCGGUGGAUAUAGUCUUUGUGUGAUGUGUCUCCAGUGUAGGGUAAAUUAUCAGGGGAGGUUUCAAUCCUCGUUAAAUAUGCUGGUUUUAUUCCGAGUGGAAAUGUGUUCUAGUGUAGUUACUAUAAAACGUGGAUCAUUACAAAAGUAUUUUAUGUGUGACUUCUACCAAAACGUGGAUCUCUAGUAAAUGUAAUUCUUCAUGGUUUUUAUGUCAAAAGGUUUUCAUGAUUAUCAUCAGAGCGCGGAUCUGUGGAAUAUAAUUUUAUGUGUGGUUGAAGAAAAUAAUGAGUUUGAUGAGUGAAUUCCUGGAGUUUAACGUGUAAUUCUGUAAUAAAAUAUAUUUGUGUAGAGUUUUUGAAAAUAUCUGCUAUUCACACAGUAGAGGAAGUUGAUGAUUCGUGGGGUGAUAGUUUUUAUCGUAACGUGCGAGUAUGCCACUGGGAAAGAAAUGGCGGUCCAUGGAAGUCCUCAAUCGUGGAUCACGGGGAAUGGGACCCCUGGAAAGUUUUCUCAACUCGAGAAAUAAGUCUGGAUCUCGGGAAAACCUACGUGCCUCUGCAUCACAAUCUGGUUCUCGGGAAAGCUUGAAUUUAGACCAUAAUCAUAAUCGGCACCAACCAUCACAGAGUCGCAGUCUCCGCAGCAGGCUUGGUAGUCUCAGUAAUAAUGUGAGGGAAGAACAGGGGUCUCCGAAACUGAAGGACAGCGGGGCCGCAGGGGAAACACCAGCUGGCUACAUACAGCGCUGUAUUAUCAUACAGCGUGAUGAGAAGGGCUAUGGAUUUACAGUGAGGGGAGACAACCCAGUGUAUGUGGAGGUAGUCAAGCCUGAUGGGGCGGCUGCCAAAGCGGGGGUACAACAAGGGGACCGUAUUAUCAAGGUCAAUGGUACUUUGGUGACAAAUUCCAAUCAUCUGGAAGUCGUCAAACUCAUUAAAGCGGGAUCCUUUGUGGCCCUGACCUUGCUGAACCGACCUGCGAGUGGCACCCAGUCCCCUGCCGGGGUCAAUCUCAGAGGCCUGUCCAAGGAAAUAGUCUCGUCCCCCCAGUCUGUCAAUGCGCACAAAAGCUGGGAGUUGAAACAGUCCAAGGUGUUGGAAUUACAUAAGUACUAUGAGCUUGCCGUAGAAGAGUUAGAGAAAUUUAAGAAGGGAUACCAAAAAUACCCAACAGAGAAGUCCCACGCACAACUUUUAGAGAAAGAGAAAACGGUAAAAACACUGAGGGACCAACUCGAGGUUUUAGCGGGCACAUUACCUCCGGAAUAUAGUUUGCCGUUACCUAUUAGCGAGUCAUCCCCCGACACAGCCUCCGGAGACGCCACGCCAUGGGUAAGGAUCUCUUGGUUUACUUCUGCAAUUUAUCAUCAGCUGUUAAUUGUCUUUUUAUUUUGUAGUGGAUUUGACAAGCAAUACUUUUAUCAGUAUUUUUUCAUUGGGGUUCCAGGGGGGGAAAAAAAAAUGGGUGAAAUUUUCUCCGGGGGAAAAAGGGUUUUGAUUCCCCCUUUAACGGAAAAGAGAGGAGAGGGGAAAAAUAGAAAAUACCUGUUAAAACACCUAGAUAAGGCAUUACAAACGGACUCUGAUAUAAAGAAUGACCGUGAGCAGGCUGUGUCCUGGGCUCUCUCUACAUUCCUUCGAUAUGUGGGCUACAACAAACAUAACUCCAGCCUAGACAAGGUACCCAGCUUUGUCUGCCGCGACAGGAAGGGCAUCCGCCUCUCCAGCAAACCUACUAAACGGCCACAUAGAGGCCAUAACUUUGAGCCGACCCAUUACUUUAAGGUAGAGACAUGUAUGUACUGUAAAGCUGUGAUAUGGGGUGUGGGCUACCAGGGAUAUUUCUGUAAAAAUUGUGAACAGAAUAUACAUACACGGUGUAUAGACAAACUAGAGGACAACUGUAAAAAGAAAGACAAAGACAAGACUAGACCAUUAUCUAAUAUAUUCAAAGGGAAAGGUGAUAUGCGCAAAAGUGUUUUGCCAGAGAUUGUCCUCUCAGGACAAACAAUUAAGGAGAGUGAGGUGACAGGCAGUCCCGGGCCCCAGGUUACAACUAACUUUGAAAUACAGGCUGUAAAGGACGAGGAGGAUCCAGAUCUGCAUCAAAUCCGAAGUGCCGACUCUGUGACCAAGUUGGUGAACCAGUUUGAUAAACUUGUGCCCUCACCCGCAGACAAACGUCGAUCACCAGGCCAGCUGUCAGAGCCAGAAAUGCACAGGAAAGGUACAGAUUUAGGGCGAUCUGAAAGUCUGAAAGGCCGGGCAGACGGCCGUGGAGAGCGUCCAACCCGCGACCGCCAACGUGCAAAAAGCGACCUAGAUAUGGACGACGCUAUAAAGGCGCUACACAACAAUUCUGGCAGUUCGUCAACGUCAAGUCUUUCAAAUCGAAGUGUUGACAGUCCGAGUAAUUCACUGGAUGCGGUCAACAAUAUCCCACAGUCUGUGCCGGACGAGGACUCGGACUAUGAUGUAGAACAGGAACUUCCUCAACUUAAGUCUGUCCUCCCCGAAGAUGUUUACCGUCGACUGAAGCCAAAGGAACGAAAACGACAGGAUGUAAUUAAUGAAUUGAUUUAUACCGAACGACGCCACGUGCGGAACCUAAAAAUAAUGGAAAGUUUAUUUCAAAAGCCAAUGGUUCAGGAUCCCAAUAUAUCUGAGGAAUUUACUAAACUGCUGUUUCCAAACUUGGACUACAUGAUCCAUCUUCAUUGUUCAUUGAAUAAUUCUUUAAAGGCAAAGAGGAGAGAAAACAAAGUGGUCGAUGAUAUCGGUGAUGUUUUAUUAAAACGAUUUGACAAUGAGGAGGGGGAAGCAUUCCGUAAAAAUUGUGCCAUAUUUUGUCGAAACCAGCAACAUGCGCUGGAUAUGCUCAGGUCAAAACAGAAGAAAGAUGCACGAAUAUCGACGUUUCUGGGGGAGGCUGAGAGCAGUAACCUGAUGCGUCGGCUACAACUGAAGGAUCUCAUCCCGACCCAGAUGAUGAGGCUGACCAAAUACCCGUUAUUGAUAGAGAGUCUCAAGAAACACACAUUGUUGGGGUCAGAAGAACACACGCGACUGGAGCGGGCUCUCCAGUGCAGUAAACACAUCCUGGAGUACGUUAACCAAGCCGUCCAGGACUACGAGAAUAUCUACAGACUGGAACAGUUACAGCGACGAAUGGAAAAGAAGAUCCUCUCCGACUACAUGGCCGACGACCUCAAGACCCUGGACCUACGAGCUCACCGGCUGGUACACGAGGGCGCACUGACAUGGAAUAUGAACCAGAGGAAAAGUUUAGACGUUCAUGUCAUUCUCCUAGAAGACUUAUUUGUACUUUUACAAAAACAAGAUGACAAGCUCGUCCUCAAGUGUCAGAGCACACAGUUGGUGGCGGGCAAGGAGGAUAUUAAAUAUAUGUUCGCCCCCGUCCUCAAACUCAACAACAUCCUCCACACCAACAGUAAGGCUACAGAUAAAAAGGCCUUCUUUGUGGUGUCAAAGUCACAGAUCUACGAGUUAUCGGCCCACACAGCUGAUGAACAGCGAAAGUGGUGUAAGUACAUCAAAGAUGCAGCGGACGCCUUCAAGGAUAAACACAUCAAGGCGACAGUGACAGAUGUCGCCAACCCACAACCAGAGGUUAUUAAUCAGGAGCGCGACACACUACGGGUGGAAAAUCGCAGCACAAGUGGAUCCAGUCCUAGUGGAGAGUUCAUGGCAGAGCAGGUUGAACUGUCGGAGGAACCUGGUCUCAUCCAACCUGAAGAUAUGGUCAUCAAAGAUGCCGUCACAACAAAGGCCCAACCAGUCCUCACCCCGCUAGACAAGCUUCAGCUGCUGGACUCUGACAUUGUGCAGAAGAUGAAGGACCGCCGAGUUUUGCUUAAGGAGAUUCUGAAACUACACGAGAUGGACAGUACUCUACCAAUACAGUUGGGUGCAGACACCAACCGACCAAUUAACAAGCUUUUACAAGACAUGGCCCAAGAGUCGGAGGACUGUAUCAAUAUGUUAAACAGUGCUGAAUCUGGUCUAGCCAAGGAGGACCUAUCCAUGCCCAUACCAAUGGACAAACUACGGGAGAUGGCCAACAGGAUGAACCAGAUCCUUACCAAUCUUCUGGAAAAGACGCGGGCUUACUCGGCCCUGACCGCGGGACAACCCGCAUCUUCCUCCUCCUCAGCUGUGGUCAAUAACCGCGAUGACGAGCGAGAACGACUACGGCAGGAAUUAAAGGCUGCCCAGGAUGAAUUAAAUAUGUUGCGGGAAAUCCAGCGACGUGUGUCAUCCUCGUCGCCUACUGACGUAACACUUGCACGGCCCACAAGUAUUAUCUCUGUGGCCUCGACAGCAUCCGAUGUUGCGGAAGAUGGUACCCUCACCCAGAUAGACUCUACCGAUACGGACACAGAAAACGCAAAGGAAGACCAACUUGAAAUUCAAACUGUGGAACCAGUCAAUGCCAUGGAGAUGGAAUUUCCUGAGACAGACACUGUCUCCACGGCAACAGAGCUGCCACAGGAAAUGGUGGAUAUUAUGGGUGAGAAUUUGGUAGGAGCAGAGCCUCCAGAAUGUGAGUCUGUUGAUGACCAGGACCCGCCGCCUCUGACAGAGGAGGAGGUUAAUACCCCUAGUGACAGUCAGAAUAUCGAGGUACAUCGAGUCGACGAAGUGUUGGCAGACGAAAUCACAGAAAUUGUGGAGGACUUGAUUCAGGAACUUCCUGUAGUGGAAAGUAAUGGUGAUGGUACAGGUGGUCGACGGGAUAGUCUUGAGGACUAUGAGGAUGCCAGUGAUCGCCUUGAUCCCGAGGGGGGUGCUGGUCGGGAAAGUGGACUAGAGGAAGAUAUGGUAGUGAGCUCGGACAGGGGAGACAACCUCACCGAGAAUAGCGAGAAAGGAGAUAAUCUAACUGAGAGUGAUGUAGAAAUGCGCGAUGUGGAGGGGGAGGAGGUAGAGAAAAGAGACACUGAGGGGGAAAGCGACACGGACAACAUUAGGACACAAAGUGAUGACCAUAUUCUCUCCAGCACGGAACAAUGUGCUGUCGACAACAGGCAGCUUAUAGACAGCUCGUGUGUACUGGACAACAAGACCGACCUAGACCGUCUGACGGUGGAAGGUGGCGCCGCCCUGGAGGAGAUGACUGUAGACAUUUAGUGACUUGUAUAAUCCAUAUCUUACUUGUCAACUCGGCGGUGUGUUCACGGGUCUUGCUGUACCAGCGGCACAGGGUCACAGGUGAAUUUGUACAGGUGUAACCAUUGGUCAGUUUGUACAUUUGUGACCAUUGGUCAGUACAGGUGAGAUGUCCAGGUCCAAGUCAUUAUACGGAGUCUACUGUUGUGUUUGGAGUGUACACACACACUGUACUUACAUAUUGUACACCUGGCUUGCACAACUGUAAGUUCCCUGGAGUACAUCAUACACAGUCCGGUUUUGUACGAUCUGUAUAAACUUUUGUACCCUGAGAGGAGACUGUGUACUAUCUGUACAAGUUAUUCUUCCCCGAAGGGAGGUUUUCUCAGGGUGAGGGUUACUUGGUGUACAGUCUGUAAAAGUCUUAUCUGCCUAGGGACAUCUACCCUGAGGCGAGGUCUAGGGGGGGUACAAUCUGUACAAGUUAAUCUGCCCAGGGACGAGGCUUACCUACCCUGCGAGGUUUAUCUACACAGAGGCGAGGUCUAACAGGUGUACAACCCUGUACAAGUUAAUCUGCCCAGGGACGAGGCUUACCUACCCUGCGAGGUUUAUCUACACAGAGGCGAGGUCUAACAGGUGUACAACCCUGUACAAGUUAAUCUGCCCAGGGACGAGGCUUACCUACCCUGCGAGGCUUACCUCUCCUGCGAGGUUUAUCUACCUUGAGGAGAGGUCUAGCGGGUGUACAAGUCCACCAUGUAUGUCAUAGUGUGCUGUUAUAGCUAGUAGCCAUCAUACAGGACUUUUUAAUGCAAUAUUCUUCCAUGUUUAAUUCUAGAAUGUGAUACAUACACUGGAAUACGUUUUAGCGACCAUGAUCAGCUUCUUAUCGAAAUGUCCCGCGAUAAUAUUGAAUACAUAGGAUUCCUAUGGAUACAAUGUUACUCAGAAACAUGCAGAACAUCUACCAGCCUUCAGCUGUGCUAAUUUGACAAGACAAACCAAACAUUUUUUAUGUGUGCUGUAAAAUGCCAUACUAUUACCAUAGCAACAUAAACAGUUAUGGUAGGGAGUUAUCAGGAGAAAAGGGUCAUUAUAGGGAGGUUUCCUAAAGCAAGGUGAUCGCAGUAGGGAGGUUUCCUAAG